UCUCUCCGCCCCCAUUUGCUCAUCUCCUCUCCGUCUCUCUCACGGGAGAUCCGUACCCUGACCCGAGGAAGCGCUCCGGCCAGCGGCUAGCGAAGGAGAAGAUGAGGGAGAUACUUCACGUUCAGGGCGGGCAGUGCGGGAACCAGAUCGGUGCCAAGUUCUGGGAGGUGAUCUGCGACGAGCACGGCAUAGACGGCACCGGGAAGUAUUCUGGCGACUCUGACCUCCAGCUCGAGCGUAUUAAUGUAUAUUACAACGAGGCUAGCGGCGGCCGCUACGUCCCCCGCGCUGUGCUCAUGGAUCUAGAACCGGGCACGAUGGAUUCCAUCAGAUCCGGCCCCGUCGGUCAGAUCUUCAGGCCCGAUAACUUCGUCUUCGGCCAGUCCGGGGCUGGGAACAACUGGGCCAAGGGGCACUACACUGAGGGCGCCGAACUCAUCGAUUCGGUCCUCGAUGUGGUCAGGAAGGAAGCCGAAAACUGCGACUGCUUGCAGGGCUUCCAAGUUUGCCACUCUUUGGGAGGAGGAACUGGGUCUGGCAUGGGCACCCUUCUUAUUUCUAAGAUCAGGGAGGAAUACCCAGACAGAAUGAUGCUAACCUUCUCUGUCUUCCCAUCUCCGAAGGUGUCUGAUACAGUUGUGGAGCCGUACAAUGCUACACUCUCAGUUCAUCAACUUGUUGAGAAUGCUGAUGAAUGUAUGGUCCUUGACAAUGAAGCGUUGUAUGAUAUCUGCUUUCGCACACUGAAGCUUUCAAACCCUAGUUUUGGCGAUCUCAAUCACUUAAUCUCUGCUACAAUGAGUGGCGUCACAUGCUGCCUUAGGUUCCCUGGGCAGCUAAAUUCUGACCUCCGGAAGCUUGCUGUAAACCUCAUCCCAUUCCCCCGCCUCCACUUCUUUAUGGUAGGGUUUGCACCCCUGACCUCAAGGGGUUCACAACAGUACCGGGCCCUCACAGUACCUGAAUUGACCCAGCAAAUGUGGGAUGCCAAGAACAUGAUGUGUGCUGCUGACCCCCGCCAUGGCCGGUACUUAACUGCCUCAGCCAUGUUCCGUGGGAAGAUGAGCACAAAGGAAGUCGAUGAGCAGAUGCUCAAUGUUCAGAAUAAGAACUCUUCCUAUUUCGUGGAGUGGAUACCAAACAAUGUCAAGUCUAGCGUGUGUGACAUUCCACCGAAAGGGCUCAAAAUGGCCUCCACUUUUAUUGGGAACUCGACAUCCAUCCAAGAGAUGUUCAGGAGGGUUAGUGAGCAGUUCACAGCCAUGUUCAGGAGGAAGGCUUUCUUGCACUGGUACACUGGAGAAGGUAUGGACGAGAUGGAAUUCACGGAGGCUGAAAGCAACAUGAAUGAUCUGGUGGCUGAGUACCAGCAGUACCAAGACGCAACGGCCGAUGAGGAAGAAUAUGAAGAAGAGGAAGAAGAGUUGGCAGACUGAGUCAUUUCUAUAUUUGCCGUUUCUAAUUUCAGCUGCACGAGGGAGGGAUUUGGUUUGUGUGAGUUAAUCUGGUUUCGUGUUUGUAUGGUUGUUGUAUUCGUGUCUAGUUAAUGUGUUAUGUUGAGACAUGUAAGAGCCCUUGGCUUUGUUUGCUACUCUGAUCUGGCUCAUCUAAUAGUUGCAUUUGUACUUUAAUGUGAUAUGCUGAGAGCUCUUGACUUUGUUUUCUA